UUCAUUUCUUUUCAACGACACAAACCCAACUUCACUGUUGUGCUUAAUUUAGUAUCCCAUUAUGGCUUUUUCUUCAGUUUUUUUCAAGGCUCUUUCUCGUCUCCUUGUCUUCAUCCCUCUGACUUCCAUAGAAAUCACCACUACCGAUUCUCAACUUUCCACAAACUUCUACUCCAAAUCUUGCCCUAACCUCUUUUCUGCUGUGAAACCUGUUGUUAAAUCCGCCAUUAACAAAGAGAAACGAAUGGGUGCUUCCCUCGUUCGCUUGUUCUUCCAUGACUGCUUCGUCAAUGGAUGUGAUGGUUCAAUUCUACUCGACGACACAUCUUCUUUCACCGGAGAGAAAACUGCAAUUCCAAAUCGGGAUUCAGUCAGAGGAUUUGAAGUGAUUGACGACAUAAAAUCUGCAGUUGAGAAGGCUUGCCCUGGUGUGGUCUCAUGUGCUGACAUUGUAGCCAUUGCUGCUAGAGACUCCACUGUUAUUCUUGGAGGUCCAACUUGGAAUGUCAAACUUGGAAGAAGAGAUGCUAAAACGGCAAGCCUUUCUGCUGCUAAUAAUGGCCUUCCACCUGCUACUUUUAACUUGAACCAACUCAUUUCAAUAUUCAAUGCUCUUGGCCUUUCAACCAGAGACUUGGUUGCAUUAUCUGGAUCGCACACAGUUGGACAAGGAAGGUGCAUAUCGUUUAGGGCAAGAAUAUAUAACGAGACAAACAUAGACAGUGGGUUUGCUAAGACAAGGAGAUCAAAGUGUCCAAGUACCAAUGGGACAGGAGACAACAACUUGGCACCACUUGAUUUGCAGACUCCUACUCGUUUUGACAACAAGUACUUCAAGAACUUGCUUAAUCAGAAGGGCCUCCUCCAUUCUGAUCAGCAAUUGUUCAAUGGUGGAUCCACUGAUUCCAUAGUUCGCACCUACAGCAAUUCCCAAAGCACUUUCUUCUCUGAUUUUGUUACUGGCAUGAUCAAGAUGGGAGAUAUCAGUCCACUUACUGGAUCCAAAGGAGAGAUCAGGAAGAAUUGUAGGAGGGUUAAUUAAUUAAAAUUGUGGGUAUUGACUUUUAUCUUAAAAGGAUAAAUUAGGUUGUUUGAAACUUUUGUUGGGUAUGUGUUUUAGAAUUUAGAUUAUGGUGGUGAUUUUUCAUUAAUCACAAAAGCAAAGAAAAAAAAAAUCAAAGUAUGCGGUGUAUCUUUCAAGGACACUUGUAUUCAAUUGGUUUGUAUCAAUUUCUAUUAAUACAAAAACUUUGUUUUAUUAA